CGGGGCAGAUAGGGUAGGUGAGGUGUAAUGAGGCUCAGUGUAAUCAGUGUCAUGUCGGACCCGAGUGCGGCGCAACAAAAUGGCGGUUCCAGACCGGUUGCAUCCAGUUUCCGUUCACUUUGCUCAAGGAUGUGAUGUCAGCUGGUUAACUAGCCAGAGUUGUAUUCAAAGCUAAGCAGCUGUAUCACGAUUUUCACCAAGUUGGAUCUUAAAUUCUACGUGGAUUAAGAAUGUUUGGUUUACUUUUAUGACGAGGAUAUACUGUAUUCCAGCUGUUCCUUUUGAUGUGACUCCCUCUGAUGGAUUUCUUCCCUGAAGAUGGAUGCUUUUGAGCUGUUGCCGAACACAACAUAGGAUACGUAUGGUUAUUGGGUGGAUGUUUUCAGUGGCGCACGGAUGACCUCUAUGGGCAGCACCUGGCUUUUGGAUACAAUUUAUCAACCAUGGUAAAACUUGCAAACCCUCUGUACACGGAGUGGAUUUUGGAAGCCAUACAAAAAGUAAAAAGACAGAAGCAGCGGCCAUCAGAAGAGCGGAUUUGUCAUGCUGUGUGUGUUGCCCACGGGCUUGAUAAAAAACUUGUUCUUGAGCAGUUAGAGCUGAGUGUCCAAGAUGGCUCAGUUCUCAUGGUUAAUAAUAAAGGAGUGGUCUCCUACAAGGACCCUGAAAAUCCUGGGCGCAUUACAGCUAUCAAGCCUGGCCCUCAGCCAAAAACAUUGAAGGGGCAGCGAGUGGCCAGCGCAGACUUGCGUAAUGUGGAUUGGAAUAAACUUCUGCGUCAGGCGGUAGAAGGCCUGCAGGAACCUAAUGGCUCCUCUCUCAAGAACAUUGAAAAAUACUUGCGGAGCCAGAGUGAUCUGGCUCACAUUGUCGCUAACCCUAUUUUCCAGAGGAGGUUACGUCUAGCGGCAAAGAGAGCCGUCAAUAGUGGUAGGCUGUUAAAAGAUGGCCCUCAAUACAGACUUAACUAUGGAAGCAUGGAAGGCAAGGGGCCCUCUAAAUAUUGCAGUUCUUCCGCAUCCUCUCUACCUGUAGUUAGCCUCCUUCCUCAUGAGAAGGACCAGCCUCGAGCAGAUCCCAUUCCCAUCUGUAGCUUCUGCUUGGGGACAAAAGAAUCGAAUCGUGAGAAGAAGCAGGAAGAGCUGAUCUCCUGCGCAGAUUGUGGAAGCAGUGGUCACCCGUCAUGUUUGAAGUUCUGCCCAGAACUGACCUCCAACGUAAAAGCACUAAGGUGGCAGUGUAUUGAAUGCAAGACCUGCAGUGCGUGUAGGAUACAGGGCAAAAAUGCAGAUAAUAUGCUUUUUUGUGACUCGUGUGAUAGGGGAUUUCAUAUGGAAUGCUGUGAGCCACCUCUUUGUCGUAUGCCAAAAGGCAUGUGGAUUUGUCAAGUCUGCAGGCCAAAGAAAAAGGGACGAAAGAUCCUCCAGGAGAAAGCAGCGCAGAUUAAGAGGAGAUACGCAAAGCCCAUUGGACGCCCGAAAAACAAGCUAAAACAACAUUUAUUGUACAUGCCGAAUGAUGGAGGACCAAUUAAUGCCUUCCAAGCAAGGGGGCCACCUGGUAGGAGUCAAAAAACUAAAGUGUGUCCCACCACCCCGCCAUCUGGUCAUGCUGCAUCUGUGAAGAGCCCAAACAGCAGCCUGGCUGCAAGCGACCUCACCUGGCCUGGCCCCCAUCCCAUCACUUCCACCUUCACCUCCACCUGCUCACCCCUCAAAGUUAACAAGAAAACCAAAGGGCUUAUUGAUGGCCUCACUAAGUUUUUCACCCCAUCACCCGAGGGGCGCAGGUUUCGGGGGUGCAUCGUAGACUUUUCCACGCACUACCGGCCCAGGAAAAAGCUCCCUGAUCCUGAGCCAUACACUCUUCAAGUACCAGCUGUGGGUUCUAUGCACAGGCUAAGCUGUCCCGCACCACCACCUGCACCACCUCUCCCACACACAUCCCUACUUUGCAGCCAAAGCCCUGGCUCCCAGAAUUCCAGCAAUUCUACCACCUCAAACUCCCCCCAAAGCUCUUCAAGCCAUUCCAGUGCCCCCUCCUUCAGAAGCCUCCCCAGUAACAGUCAGUUGAAGGGACUCUUUGAUGGACUGUCUCACAUCUAUACAACCCAGGGCCAGCCACGCCAAAAAAGCCACCCAAGCUAUGCUCCUCCUAAGCGUGUGCACCGCAAGGGCAGACUCUACGCCUCUGCACACUUCUUUGGAAAGAGGGAUGGUAGAAGUAGGCUCCUACUCCCCCAUUCUGUACCCUCUGGCUGGGCAGUGCCCAUGGGGCGGACGCUGAAAGCCAUCGCCCACUUCAAGCGCUCAACGUUCCUUAAAAAGCACAGGACAAUAGGCAGGUUAAAGUAUAAAGCGGGAUCCCCGGGGGCGGGAGCCAGAACACCAGGGAAAGUCAGCCUGGCAGACAGCAGGAUUAAGCCCGUCCAGGAUGAUGACAUGGAAAUGAAGCUGAGCAUCAAGGAAGAAAGAUGGGAGGUGAAUGUGCCAGGCCGUACAGACUCUGUCACACAGGAGGAUAUUGACAUAUUCAGGAAGGCACGUGAGCUUUCCUUUGAGAAAAUAGGAUGCACAAACGUUACAGAUAAUGUUGGACGCUACCCUGCAGUCAUCGAGUUUGGGAAGUAUGAAAUCCAGACAUGGUAUUCCUCGCCUUACCCACAGGAAUAUGCAAGGUUACCAAAGCUUUACCUGUGUGAGUUCUGUCUGAAAUACAUGAAGAGUAAGACCAUUCUUCUGCGCCACUUAAAGAAAUGUGGUUGGUUCCACCCUCCUGCCAAUGAAAUCUACCGCAAGGAUGAUCUCUCUGUGUUUGAGGUGGAUGGAAACAUCAGCAAAAUCUUUUGCCAAAACCUGUGUUUACUGGCCAAGCUCUUCUUAGACCACAAGACGCUGUAUUAUGAUGUGGAACCGUUCCUGUUCUAUGUCCUCACCAAGAAUGACAACAAGGGCUGUCACCUGGUUGGGUAUUUUUCCAAGGAAAAGCUUUGCCAGCAGAAGUAUAAUGUGUCGUGCAUCAUGAUCUUGCCUCAGUAUCAGCGGCAGGGCUUCGGAAGGUUUCUGAUCGACUUUAGUUAUCUGCUGUCCCGGCGCGAGGGGCAGACAGGCUCGCCAGAGAAGCCCCUGUCAGACUUGGGUCGCCUGUCUUACUUGGCAUACUGGAAGAGUGUUAUUAUUGAUUAUCUUUCUACCCAUUUGGAAAAGCAGAUCAGUGUAAAAGCUCUGAGCCGUGCCACUGGGAUGUGUCCACAUGACAUUGCCACCACCCUGCAGCAUCUAAACAUGAUAGAUCGACGUGGGGACAGAUUUGUGAUUAUUCGACGGGAAAAACUCAUAGCAAGUCACAUAGGAAAGGCAAAAACGCGAUCUCAUGUCAAUGAGGUAGACCCAGAGUGUCUCAGGUGGACACCGGUUAUCAUCUCUAAUGCCGCUGUCUCUGAGGAAGAGCGAGAAGCUGAAAAGGAGGCAGAGCGUCUUAUGGAACAAGCGAGCUGUGGUGAAAGGGAGUACCAGCAUCUCCACUCCUCCCGCUCUCACUCAAAGCAGUCGCCAACCAAGGAACCACCUGUGACCAAGUAUCUGCUCACGUCAGAGAGCACAUCUUUACCCGCAGAGAGUAGGGCUCCCACUGAAUCUACCAAGGCAAGCAGCGAGGAAGAGGAAGACGAAGAGAGGAGUCAGGAAUCAUCACUCCUUAAACUGACCAAACCCUUCACUCUUGCAGUCAAGAGAAAGAGAGCGUUUAAUCUGAGGCGGAAGCGAGGGCGCAAGCGCAGGAGAAUCAACAGCAGCGUCACAACAGAAACAAUCUCUGAAACAACUGAGGUUUUAAAUGAGCCGUUCGAGGGCUCUGACAGAGACAGCCCAGUUCCUCAGCUCAAGGAGCAGGAACCCAUCCCAGGCACCAAAAGACACAGCAGAGAAAGUGCGCAGACUCAGAUUGGGAUGGAAGAAGAGACCUGUGCAAAUUAUUUGAGAGGAACCACAGCUGAGAGCAUGACAGAGAAAGGUGGACCAGUUCGGACAAUUAAAAAGCAGGGGUGGCCGAAAGGAGUUAAGAGAGGUCCUUCCAAAAGAAGACGCAGCAUGGAGAGAAAGCCUGGCUUUAAACUCAAUUUGUACACCCCUCCAGAGACUCCAAUGGAACCAGACUAUCAGGCUCAAUCUGAGGAGUUGAAGGAAACAGCUGAAGAAAAGAUAGAGUAUCCUGCUGAACAAGAUUCAGUGGAAAAUUGUGAUAAAGAAAAUGAAUCUCAGUUGGAAUCUCAAGAGGAACCAGAAACCUUUGUCCCAGAGCCGGAAAGCCCAAGCAGCACCAAUGUGAUUAAGACACAAGAUGAAGACCAUAAAGAGGAAAGGGUAGUAGUGCCACAGGAAGAAAAUGAAAAGGAAAAAGAAGAUGAAAAACAGAUAGAAGAGAAACAAGAAGAGGAAGAUGUAAAAGAGCCAGAAAACCGUGACAUGCUGGAUGAAAAGUUGAAUGAUUCAGUGGUGGAACCAACUGGCAAGCUCCCUGUUUUGGAGGAGGAAGAAGAGGAAGAUGAGGAGGAACACUCUCACAAUGAAGAUCAUGAUGCAGAUGAUGAAGAUGAGAGUCAUUUGGACACUUCUGGGAAAGAGACAGCAGAGGGUUCAUUUCAGGAAGCUCUAGGGGAGCAGGAGGCUUUUUUAGAACUAGGGAUAGCAAGCGAUAACCCAUCUCAAGGGGACAUUUCAAACAGCAGCUGUGGUGAAGUGAUGGAGGUGGAGCCAUCUGAUGAAAUGCCCAGUGACACAGACAGAGUGACUGAAACAGAGCAGCAAGACGUAGCUUCACAUGAAAGUCACACAGGAGACCUAGUGCCACAGCUGUCAGGAGAUGGACCAGAGGCAUUGGACAUUGACUCUGAAACAGUGCAAGCUGUUCAGUCAUUGACUCGUGAGAGUGAGGAACAAGAGGAGGAGUAUAGAGACUGUGUGGAGACUCAAGAGGCAUGCCAUAGCUUGCAAACCUAUGCUCAGAGUCCACGCACUGCUACCAUGGAAGAAUGUCAGCAAUCUGAUCACAGCAGCCCUGUAUCCUCUGUCCAUUCUCACCCUAGUCACUCAGUAAGAUCAACAAACAGUCCUUGUGCCCCCUCGCUGGAGAGUAACUAUGCUCAGAUUAGUCCUGAUCAGACUGGUAUGUCUGUCGCUUCGCUACAGAAUCUGGAGACGAGCCCUUUAAUGGAUGUACCAUCUGUUUCUGACCAUUCGCAGCAAGUCGUGGAUAGUGGGUUCAGUGACUUAGGCAGCAUUGAGAGCACAACGGAAAAUUAUGAGAAUCCAAACAGUUAUGACUCUGGUAUGGGAGGUGGCAAUAUGCCCUCCCAAAACAGUUGUUCAUACACUGUGGGGAUGACAUCCACCAACUUGACACAGAGCAGUUGUGCAGUGACACAACAGAUGUCUGCUAUGAGCAGCAGCUGCAGCAUGAUUGGGUCACCCCCUCCCCAGCCUCCAUGUAAUGUCAAAUCACCACAGGCCUGUGCUGUGGAAAGACCUCCUAGCAGUGGACAGCAGCAACAGCAGCAGCAGCUCCCUCCAUGUGGUAUGACUGGUGCUGGUUUUACACUACAAGACAUUCCUGAAGCUGGGGGUGGGGGGCUUGGAGGGCUGUAUGACAGAAUAGGACAGAGUGACUUUGGGCCUAGUCACUACGCACAGCCUUCUGCCACUUUUAGCCUGGCAAAACUUCAGCAGCUGACUAACACAUUAAUGGACCACUCCCUGCCUUACAGCCACUCACCAGCCGUCACAUCCUAUGCAAAUGGUGGCUCCCUUUCUUCUUCCCUAAGCAACAUGGUGCAGCUAUCCCAGUCACCACAUUCUGUGCCCCCACAAUCACAGGCUACUAUGACCCCACCUCCAAACCUUACACCACCCCCCAUGAAUCUGCCUCCCCCCCUUCUUCAGCGUAACAUGCCCAGUGGACAAAUGGGGCUCACCCACAGCCAAAGGCUGCAGACACAGAUGGCAGGAAAAAGCCACAUGUCCAUGAGGACAAAAGUAUCUGGUCUGCCACCGGGAGCUACUGCUGGUCCUCAUCCAUCACAACUAUAUGGUCACGCACCCCCACCACAGAGUGUGGCCAUGCAAGCUCAAUCCCGCUCUCUCGCCAUGCAGCGAGGGAUGAACAUGAGUGUCAACUUGAUGCCAACACCAGCCUACAAUGUGAACCCAGUCAAUACUCUUAAUGCCAUGAGCGGGUACCGGAUGUCCCAGUCCAUGAUGAAUAGUGGAUACCACAGCAACCAUGGCUACAUGAACCAGAGCCCACAAUAUCCAAUGCAAAUGGGAAUGAUGGGCAGCCAGCCUUAUGCACAGCAGCCAAUGCAGGCCAGCCCGCACAGCAACAUGAUGUACUCGAGUCCUGGGCAUCAUGGCUACAUGAACACUGCAAUGCCCAAACAGUCACUUAACGGGUCGUACAUGAGGCGGUGAGCAGCCUUGCAGAUACCAGCAUCCCUUCCCCUCACUCCUUUCUUCAACUCUAGCAGCUGCAAAAGGGAAUCUGCACUAUGGAACUUGUCUCAGACUGACCGUUGUCAUGGACACAGACUCACUCCCCCAAAUCAACCUCCCCUAUUCCCACUCUCUUCACUCUGCUUCCCAGCCUCCCAAAGCUAUUAUGUGAAAGUAAACCUCUCUAUUGCUUUUGUAAGGCCCAACAUACAUUGAAAUUAUUUUCCCUCUACUCUGGAAGAUUCCAGCCCCUUUGGGAGUGUAUCUUCAAGAUAAACAGGAAGGCAGUUUCUUUGCAUAGCAAAUAAGGGCCAUACUCUUCUCUAUGUGUGUCUACUACAUAAUACAUUUGUCUACCUUGCCUUUGUAUAUUUUCCCUUUUUUUAAAUUAUUUUAAUUUUCCCUUUAUUUUAUGUUUUAUUUUGUUUUUGCACUUUCACCAGCUUUCAUUGUUAUGUACCAUGAUGUGUUUAAGUUGUGGCUAGAAGGGGAGUGGUUAGGGGUAGGGCCUCCCCUUAUCACCACCCCCCAACAUUUUUAAACAUUUGUAGUGUUGCCAGUAUACCUGCUUAUUCAUCAUGUUGCAGCUGCCAGGAACAUGGCUUGUGCAUUUAUGACUCUACAGCCAAAUUAUGGGUGCGAAAAGUGCUGGCCUUUAUUCGUACCAGCCCUCUUUCUCCAUCCAAUAUGGCUACCAGGUCACCUGACAUUCGCAUAGAUUCUAGUACUUAGCAGCAUCAAUAUUUUAAAUAAGCAGGAAGCUUCUCCCCUGAAUUGCAUUGGGAGCCACUGCUGGUACACAUCCAAAUGUAGGACUUUCCCUGAAACCAUUGGGCAUAUGUCCCAAAUUGGGACAGUCUCAUGUUUUCUGGGACCACCGGGAGGCAUUCAGCUUUACCAACUUUCUUUUUUCAGCUCCAUUCACUGUAUUUUAAAACUGCCUUCCCCACCACCCAUCACUUGUUAAGUAUCGUUCAAAGGGGAGAUUUCAAAGCCAGCACUCUUUUUUCUUUUUUUUUUUUUUUUCUUUUUUUUUUUUUGUGUGUGUAACUGCAAAAAAUGUGUAUAAAAGGAAAGCUCCCUUGACAUUACAAAUGCUGUAAAGCAUCUGAAAAGCCUUAUGCACCAUCUCUUAAUUACAUCCAGUAGUCUAACAGCCAUUUUUUCAGUGCUCUAGAGAAGUAAUCGCCUUAACCCUUCCACUAUCAGAGAAAGCAUACCUAAGACCCUUCUGGAAGUGAAAAGGUUAAAAAAAAAAAAGGGACACUUUAAAAAAUAAAAAAAAUCUACUUAAAAAGGGAUCUUUUCUUACCCAAAUCUUAGGGAAUCCAGUAUUCUUAAAGGGCCACUAAACCCAAAAUCUUUCUUUCAUGAUUCAGAUAGAGAAUAGAAAUUUAAACACCAUUACAAUUUACUUCCAUUAUUUAUUUUGCUUCAUUUUUUAAAUAUCCUUAGUUGAAGAAAAAGCAAAGCACAUGGUGAGCCAAUCACAUGAUGCUUCUAUGUGCAGCAACCAAUCAGCAGCUAGUGAGCAUAUCUAGAUAUGCUUUUCAUCAAAGAAUAUCAAGAGAAUAAAACAAAUUAGAUAAUAUAAGUAAAUUAGAAAGAUGUUUAAAAUUACAUUCUCUUUCUAAAUCAUAAAAGAAAAAACGUGGGUGGCAUGUCCCUUUCAGUCAAUUACUCCAUCUCCCAUUUAAGUCUUUUUUUUCCCCUUUCAUAAUUUGUUUUACUUUUUUAUUUGCUGGAAGUAAGCCUUACUGAGCAUGCUGCUUCUCUCUGUUGUGCGUGAGCUUUUUAUACGUAGUAAUGUUAUACGUCCUGUGCUAAACUGUAAAGCCAUUUGGUAUUUUCUUUUCUGACGUUUGUCGGCCUUGUUUGAAGGUUAAAGAAAAAAAAAAGGAAAAUAAAUAUAUUUUUGUUAAUUAUGAAACUGUAUGAACGAUUAAACAUUUUUUUUUUGUUUUAGGAUUCUUUUAGGCAGCCAGGAGCUUUUCUGUGCUGUGUAUAUUUUAAUAUUUUCUCAUAAUCUUUGGUGUUUUCUCUCUCUCUCUCUCUCUCUCUCUCUCUCUCUCUCUCUCUCUCUCUCUCUCUCUCUCUCUCUCUCUCUCUCAUUCUGGGAUGGAAAAGAUAAUAAUGUACAGACAAUACAAAACAAAAAGAUUCUGGAAAUAGCAUUAUAUUAAAGAGAAUGUUUUGCCAAGGAAUCGUAGAUUAAUAUAUUCUAAGAUACCCAGAUAAAUUCGAUGUAAAUUUACUAUUUUAUGAAAAUGCCUUUAUAAGCCCUUUGAAAUACAAGGGAUUACUUAAAACUUUUAAUUCCAUCUGUACAAUUUUCUAUCUUUGUAAAAUAUUGAAGUUAUUUUUUAAUAAAAUAAAAAAGGCUGGAAGGGUAUAACCAGUGCAGUAAUAUGAAUAUCUUUCAAAGCAACAGGAAAUGAUGCGCAUAUAUUUAAUUCCUCUUUGUUUGUGGGUCAGGUUCAUUUCCAAAGCUAACUCAGUGUUCAUUCUUUACUCUUAAUUAUCUGUCUCUUUAAUGCGACAAAGAAAGGAAAAAAAAAAACAAAAACAAAAAAACAAAACUGUACAUUUUAACAUUGGAAAUAAAUUAUAAGGAGUCAUUUUUGAUAUCUGUGCAUAUAGGAUCAUUAUUUUUGUUUUUGUUUUAUGCUAUAUUCAAACCCACACAAGAAUGUGACUUAAUGUUAUUUAAUCGCCUUAAUUUAAACAAUUGGUAUAUGCAAGCUUCAUGGGUAAUUUUGUUUCAUUUAUUAAGGUUAAAUCUGUCUUCAACAUUAAUUGGAAUAAAAAAAAGGUAAUAUCAAUAUCUCUUAAUGUAUAUUUCUAUUAAAGAACAUUUUCAGCUAAA